AUGGUGGCAAAGCUCGGACUCAAGACGAUUAAACAUCCCACACCAUACAAGUUACAAUGGCUAAAUGAUGGGGGAGAAGUUAAGGUCACCAAGCAAGUCACUAUUCCAUUCUCUAUUGGGAAAUACCAAGACGAAGCCCUUUGUUAUGUGGUACCAAUGAAUGCAUGUCAUAUACUCCUAGGGAGGCCUUGGCAAUACGAUAAGCAGGUUGUUCAUGAUGGCUUCACAAAUCGGUACUCUUUCUUCCACAAUGAAAGGAAAGUCAUUUUGACUCCACUUUCACCAAGCCGAGUAUCCGAAGAUCAUGAUACUUUGAAAAAAAACAUUGAAGCUUCCAAAUCUAUUAAGGAGGAGGAACCAACAAAGAUGAACAUCUAUGCUGGAGGGAAGGAUAUUAGAAAGCACAUUUUAUCCCACAAGGCUCUAAUUGAAUUCGAAGAGUUAUUUCAAGAAGACAUCCCUAGUGGUUUACCACCCAUUAGAGGAAUCGAACAUCAAAUUGAUUUCAUACCUGGUGUAUCCAUUCCAAACCGACCAGCAUAUAGAAAUAAUCCUAUAGAGAACAAAGAACUUCAAAUGCAAGUUGGAGAAUUGAUGACCAAGGGAUACAUACGAGAAAGCUAA